AUGACCGUUAAGGUUUGCUCUUCGAUUGCUUCUGAAGUUUCUGAUCCACAUAAUCGGCUUUUUGCUGUCGUGUAUGUGAAUGGACGGCAAUGGAAAGUUAGUCAAAAUGAUCUAAUCGCCCUCACGGGGAGUCUACCCAUAGCUGUUGGCGAUAAGAUUAAGCUUGAAAAGGUUUUAAUGGUUGGAGGAAGCCGGUUUUCGGUUUUUGGCAGACCUUUACUGGAUUCAGUGAAAGUAGAGGCGACUGUCGUUGAAAAGACUACCAAAUAUCCCGAAUUGCAGUAUAUCCGAAAUAACCACAGUCACCUCAGGGUGAUUAACUGGCUCAGUGAAGAAGUGACAGUACUGAGGAUUAAUGAGAUCUCAGCAGAAAAUUUAUUCAAAGAAUCUUAA